AUGACGGCUACGGCCACCCACCGGCCAAAGCCCAAGACGGAAAACCUUGCCCCCGAGAACGAGCGUUUCCUGCGGUGUUGCGCCGAUGUAGUCAACGCCCUGAUCGAGGAUCAUGAAGCCUCGAGCGACCCGAAGAAGCCCAAGAGGGACAUCAACCUCAACCAACUACGAAACAAGUGUGCCAAGAAGCACAAGCUCGCCAACAUUCCCUCCUUGACCGCCAUCAUCGCUGCCAUUCCCGAACACUACAAGAAAUACAUCCUGCCGAAGCUGAUUGCGAAGCCUAUCCGAACAUCCUCAGGUAUCGCCGUCGUCGCCGUCAUGUGCAAGCCACACAGGUGUCCUCACAUUGCCUACACCGGUAACAUUUGCGUCUACUGCCCUGGCGGCCCCGACUCCGAUUUCGAGUACAGCACACAGUCCUACACUGGGUACGAGCCCACGUCAAUGCGUGCCAUCCGCGCGCGAUACGACCCAUUCGAACAGGCGCGAGGCCGUGUCGACCAGCUCAAGUCUCUCGGUCACUCGGUGGACAAGGUCGAAUACAUCAUCAUGGGAGGAACAUUCAUGUCGCUGGCCGAGUCCUACCGCGAGGACUUCAUCGCGCAACUGCACAAUGCCCUCAGCGGCUACCAGACGUCCAAUGUGGACGAAGCCGUGGAGGCGGGCGAGAUGAGCAACAUCAAGUGUGUCGGCAUCACAAUCGAGACGAGGCCGGACUACUGCCUGCAACCACACCUGUCAGACAUGCUGCGGUAUGGUUGUACGAGGUUGGAGGUGGGCGUGCAGUCUCUCUACGAGGACGUGGCGCGGGACACGAAUCGAGGGCACACAGUGGCCGCCGUGGCAGAGACCUUCUGCUAUUCCAAGGACGCCGGGUACAAGGUUGUCAGCCACAUGAUGCCGGACCUGCCCAACUGCGGCAUGGAGCGAGACCUGGACCAGUUCCGGGAGUAUUUCGAGAACCCAGCCUUCCGGACGGACGGCCUGAAAAUCUACCCGACGCUCGUCAUCCGCGGAACCGGCCUCUACGAAUUGUGGCGGACGGGACGCUACCAAAACUACACACCCAACGAGCUCAUUGACCUCGUCGCGAGGAUCAUGGCGCUCGUGCCGCCGUGGACGCGCAUCUACCGUGUGCAGCGCGACAUCCCCAUGCCGCUCGUGACGUCGGGCGUGGAGAACGGCAACCUGCGCGAGCUGGCGCUGGCGAGGAUGAAGGACUUUGGCACGUCAUGUCGCGACGUCCGGACGCGCGAGGUCGGCGUCAACGAGGUCAAGCACAAGAUCCGGCCGAACCAGAUUGAGCUCGUGCGGCGCGACUACACGGCCAACGGCGGGUGGGAGACGUUUCUGGCGUACGAGGACCCCAAGCAGGACAUACUCGUGGCGCUGCUGCGGCUGCGCAAGUGCAGCGACAAGUACACGUUCCGCGAAGAGCUCGUGGGCCAGCCGACGAGCCUCGUGCGCGAGCUGCACGUGUACGGCACGGCGGUGCCGGUGCAUGCGAGGGACCCCAAGAAGUUCCAGCACCAAGGCUUCGGCACGCUGUUGAUGGAGGAGGCGGAGAGGAUAGCGCGGGACGAGCACGGCAGUACCAAGAUCAGCGUCAUCUCGGGUGUCGGUGUCAGGAGUUAUUAUGCCAAGCUGGGGUACUGGCUGGACGGGCCCUACAUGAGCAAGUGGCUGGAUGGCAGGCCACAGGACAAGGACGCCAGGUGA